CUGUCCUAAAUUUUAAAAUUCAUGCGAACAAUUUGGAAUAUUGUUAUUAGAAAUGCCAGGAAGAAAUCUGUUAUUAUAUUAUCAUUCAUUUUAAUUCAACUCUUUGCAAUACAUAGAAUUUUUAAUAGAUAUAAUAUGAUAAAAAAUAAAGGAAUUUACGAAAGAUGGGAUAAAAGAAUUGAUUAUAAUUUUUUAAAUAAAAUUAUUCAUUUAGAUUUGAAAGGAGCACCUUUGUCUUUAUAUUAUCUAGCUCAAAUAAUUCCCAUUUUUAGCAAGCUUGGUGUGACAGGAAUUUUAAUUGAAUAUGAAGAUAUGUUUCCAUAUAUAGGUGAUAUAGAAAUAAUAAGUCGUGAUGAUUGUUACAAGGAAGAUGAUAUUCUUCAAAUAUUGAACAUAACCAAAAAUCAUAACAUUGAAAUCAUUCCUUUGGUACAAACAUUUGGCCAUUUAGAAUUUGUACUUAAACAUCCUCAAUUCAGUCAUCUGAGGGAAGUCCCCGAAUUUUCCGACACGAUAUGCCCAAGUAAGGGCGAAUCAUUCCAACUCAUUAAAAAAAUGAUCGACCAAAUAGUUCAAUUGCACCCCGGGAUCAAAAGCUUGCACAUCGGGGCAGAUGAGGUUUAUCAUAUGGGAAAAUGUCAGCUGUGUUCGAAGCUGGUGUAUCCCGACGAUAACCGACAAAUUGGCGGUCAAUUCAAAGAUUUAUCCAUUAGCUUAGACGAGAUAUUCUUGAAUCACAUCCUCAAAAUAGUCAGGUACAUGGAGGCCUCCUAUCCCCACAUCAAAAUUUUGAUUUGGGACGACAUGUUUAGGCACAUACCUCGCGACGUUUUAAUACGUUCCAAGCUAGGCGAUAAAAUCGAACUGGUCAUGUGGAAUUACAGACCGAAUAUCCUCCAGGACAUACCUCCUCACAUAUUCGAUAAAAAUUUUGCCACUUUCAGACACAUUUGGGCGGCUUCGGCAUUUAAAGGUGCCACUGGCGAAAAUGUGCAAAUAACUGACAUAAGCUAUCAUUUGGACAAUAAUUAUGAUUGGAUUAACGUGAUGUAUCAGAAAGACUUGCCCGGAAAAGAGACUGACAGAGUCAAAGGAAUCAUAGUAACUGGUUGGCAGAGAUACAAUCAUUUUAGACCAUUGUGCGAGCUAAUGCCUUCGGGACUACCUAGCUUAAUGGCUUGCCUAAUCCUACUCACGCAUAAUAAAUUCGAUAGGAAGCAACACGAAGAUUUAUCCAGCCAAAUUACCGAUUCGCGAUAUAGACAAUCACGAUUAAUACCCAAUCUCAAUCCUUUCGAUUUCAAUCAAAGCCGUCUAAUUAAUAUCGCCGAAGGUCUAAUUUUUCCUGGACACGAGAUAUAUUCCAUGGUUAGAAGCAAUUACAAUCUCGCUUACAGCCUUAUGGCCCUCAACACGCGAAUCCACGAAAAUAAAGUCGAAGAUGUUGACGAGUUCAAAUCGCUUUUAUACAAUAUUAAAGAUGAAUUUUCGCGACAAAAAUCGUAUAUUAAUGGACCAGAAUUUUCAAAAUAUUUUCACUCUGUAUCGACGGGGUUAGAAUGGAUCGAAACAUUUAUCCAACCUUAUUUAGAUAGAAUUGAUCACAUUUCAUCGAUUUUAUAAAAUACACCCCUAUAAACAUUUGUUAAUUUAUUUAUA